CAAGCACGCGCGCCUCGGCACGGCACUGGCCAGCAAAAUGGCGUCCGCGAGCACCUCCACGGUCGUGCAGGGCUGGCCGAAUACCAAGGACGAUUACGAGCUCAAGGAGGUUAUCGGGGUUGGAGCGACCGCCGUGGUGCACGCAGCGUUUUGCAUUCCGCGGCAAGAGAAAUGCGCGAUCAAGCGGAUAAAUUUGGAGAAAUGGAACACGAACAUGGACGAGCUGCUGAAAGAGAUACAGGCGAUGUCAUCUUGCAACCACGAAAACGUCGUGACGUACUACACGUCAUUCGUGGUGAAAGAGGAGCUCUGGCUCGUCCUAAGAUUGCUGGAAGGUGGAUCUUUGUUGGACAUCAUCAAACAUAAAACCAGGACCACCAAUUGCAAGCACGGGGUGUUCGAUGAGGCCACCAUAGCCACGGUGCUUCGAGAAGUACUCAAGGGACUUGAAUAUUUCCACAGCAACGGACAGAUUCACAGGGACAUAAAAGCGGGUAAUAUCCUACUAGGCGAGGAUGGCACGGUGCAGAUCGCCGAUUUCGGUGUCAGCGCGUGGCUCGCGACCGGACGCGACUUGAGCCGGCAAAAGGUCCGGCACACCUUCGUCGGUACGCCGUGUUGGAUGGCGCCCGAGGUCAUGGAGCAGGACCAUGGCUACGAUUUUAAGGCCGAUAUAUGGUCACUUGGCAUCACGGCGAUCGAGAUGGCAAGCGGCACGGCGCCGUACCACAAAUAUCCCCCGAUGAAGGUCUUGAUGCUGACGCUGCAGAACGAUCCGCCGACUCUGGAUACCGCUGCGGACGACAAGGACCAAUACAAAGCGUACGGGAAGACAUUCCGAAAAAUGAUCAUCGACUGUUUACAAAAAGAUCCUACGAAGAGACCAACGGCCACCGAGUUGCUGAAACAUCCCUUUUUCAAGAAAGCCAAAGAUAAGAAAUAUCUGCAGCAGACGUUAGUGGCGAUUGGACCCAGUUUAGAAACACGUGUACAAAAGGCAUCAAAGAGGCAACCCGGCACAUCGGGCCGCUUGCAUCGAACGGUGACUGGAGAGUGGGUCUGGUCGGAAGAGGAGAACAACGGUGACUCGAGUAGCGACGAGGGCAAGGAGACGUUACCGGUCAACACAAUCGAAAAGGCCAGUAGCGACGAAGAGGCCGGCGAGCCCGACGAAAGCUACGGUCAGAUCAAAGUAGCACCGAGCCAAAUAUCAAUUUUAGCUACCGGACAAAACGAGCCUAUUAACCUGGUGCUUAGAUUACGGAAUGAGAAACGGGAGCUGAAUGACAUUAGGUUUGACUUUACCGUUGGAGUUGAUUCUACACAGGGAAUCGCGGCGGAAUUGGUCGCUGCAGGCUUGGUCGACGGCAAGGACGUUGUGGUGAUAGAAACAAAUCUAAAAAAGUUGAUAGAGAGUGGAGGACAAUUGCGAACAGUGACGUUUUCCUUGAACACUGGUUAUGCGGUGAACGAAGUACCGGAUGACAAGGCGUUGAUAGGAUUUGCUCAGAUCUCCAUCACUGAAUAAAACAACCUCGAUCGCGUUCUAAACUCUCGGGAUAAUGUUCUUAAUUGGUACAUUUGCCAAGAUCCGGAGAGUACCAAAAGCUAAUGAAAAAAAAAAAAACGGCUAAAUGCUAUUUCUCAGGACGACAGUGAAAAGGAUAAGCUUGGCACAUAUAAAUGUACACGUGUAAAUCAGUGAAUUUUCGCCAGCGGAUCUUAGCUUUUGAUACUUUCGCUUCCUUCAGAUUCUAACGGUUGAUUGCAGGGCGUAGGUAGUUCGGCAAACAGCAUACUUGUUACAACACAUCGGUAAUAACGAACUGCUCAAGUGUGUGUCUGACAUUGUCAACGUUCACGAGGACAAUCGAACAGGGCGGAUACAUAAAAAAAAAACAUCCAUGUACUGGCUUAAGGGUAUACACUUACUCUAAUCAAUAAUGGCUGUAGUUUUGCAUAACCGAAUUGUAUCAUUCGUAAUUACGUUAUGUAAAUAUUAGUAUUCGAUC